AUGUCACGUACUGAUGUCAGUUUUGCAAUCGUUUGUAUGGUAAAUAGUACAGCGGUAGAAAUGAUAACUGGUACCAAUGAUGCAAAUGUUACCAAGAAAACUGCGACAUGUGCGCCACGGGAUGAUAGCGAAUUGAGUGAAAGGGAAGCUUAUAUGGGUGAAUUUAUUUGGACAAAAGAUGUACAAGGAUAUGUAUUAAGUGCCUUUUUUUGGGGCUAUAUAAGUAGCCAAAUUCUUGGUGGUUAUUUGGCCAGUCGAUAUGGCGGUCGUUUGGUAAUUGGUAUUACGGUUCUGGGAUGUGCAAUUCUUACACUCCUCAGCCCAAUAGCCGCGACAACUAGCGUUUUUGCAUUUAUUAUUGCUCGAGCUAUCAUAGGCUUUAUGCAGGGUGCCAUAUUUCCUGCGUACCAUGCAAUGUGGUCAAUGUGGGCACCACCUCUGGAAAGAAGUUUAUUAACCGGUGUAACAUAUGCAGGUGCUCAAAUAGGUAAUACAGCUGUCAUGCCACUGUCUGGUUUACUUUGCAAAUAUGGAUUUGCUGGUGGUUGGCCAUCCAUCUUUUACGUUAUCGGUACGGCAGGUGUUUUAUGGUGUGUUCUUUGGUUCUCCUAUGUUUCGGAUCGACCAUCUCAGAGCAAACGUAUUUCUAAAAAGGAGCUAAGCUAUAUCGAAAAUUCAUUAGCUGAUAUAUUAGCAUCGGAUUCAAAAAAAAAAAAAGCUGUUCCAUGGCUUGCAAUAUUCAGAUCAGUUCCAGUUUGGGCAGUUUUUUGUGGGCAUUUUGCCGGUGAUUGGGGUGGUCACAUGAUGAUAACCACCCUUCCGUUAUUCAUGAAUGAUGUUUUGGGAUUAGAUUUCGCUUCGCUUGGAUUUUUGACAGCAAUUCCGUACAUUACAUAUUUCGUAUGUAUGAAUUUUGGUGGUUUUACUGCCGAUAAACUGCAGAAAGCAAAUGUUUUAUCAACUAUAGCUAUUCGGCGUCUUGCUAUGAUCAUUUCACUUGGAAGUCAAGCAGUAUUUUUGAUAGCUAGCGGUUAUUGCGGUUGUGGUCAGGAAACCUUAGUAACUAUAUUCCUUACCGUUGGGAUUGGUUUAUCCGGAAUACAAUACUCCGGUUACAUGGUCAGUUAUCUCGACAUUGCACCAGCCUUUGCUGGACCUAUAUUAGGUAUCGGCAAUACGAUACCAUGUAUCGCUGGUAUCAUAGGUCCGGUGAUGGUUGGCUAUCUCACUCCCACGGGUUCACAGCAAGAAUGGCAAUUAGUUUUUUGGAUUACCGGUGGAGUCUUAUUGGCCGGUACUACCAUUUUCUGUUUAUUUGCCAAAGGUGAAGUGCAGCCUUGGGCAUUGAGCGAUAUUGACAAAGAAGAAAAUUGUGAACUGGAAAAAAAGACACUUAAUAGCUCGGAGAGCUCACCGUGA